AUUCAAUUGGCCUCAAAGUUCAUUGAUGAUUUAAUUACCUACGACAACUCAACUCCAAUUCUAGAUGAAAAGACAAAUUUAAGUAAUCCAAUUAACUACAACUUUAGUUUUAAUUCCAACUACAACAACAACAAUGUCAAAAAUAAUAACUCAAAAAAUUUAUCCUCCUAUUUCAACACCAAUCCCUUUACUCCCUUUGAAAAAAUCUCUUCUCAAUCCAUACCUGACAAAGUUCAAAAUUUAAUUCUAAAUACUGACGCUAAAAAUUUCAACAUGAUUCUUUUGAAUGAAAUCAAACACGUCUGCAUAAUUCUCAAUAACCAACUAAUCCUAUGGGAUUUCGCAAACCCAAACCCUUACUCAAACUACUCAAUUAUCGACGACAUCCCAGAUUUAAUCUUGGCAAUCAAAUUAACUAAACCAAAAAAGAAUACCUUUGUUGAUUCAAUCAAUCACCUACUAUUAAUCUCAACCCCUUAUAACAUCUACAUCCUAGCAAUCAAUUACAACAAUAACAACAAAUCCUUCUCCACAAACAACAAAAACAACAAAAUCUUCAACUCCAACUCCAACUCCAAAAAUAUCGAUUCUAAAAACAAAAAACUAGAAAUCUUCACCACUGACCUAUCCAUCUCAACAAAGGGCUUGUUUGUCAACAAUUUUAUCACCUUUGAAAAAACUCGUCAGAUUUUCUUCACCGGUUAUGGUGAUUCUCUCAAUAUUUGGGAACUCUCCUAUUCUGAUACUGAUUCCUGGUUCAACAAUAAAUGCAACAAAAUUUGCCUAACCAGAUCAAACCUAUCCUACUUGGUCCCCGCAAUGAACUUGUUCAAUUCAUCCUCUUUCAACGACUCAAAUAAAGACUCAGUUAAUUUAAACAAUCUACAUUUAAAUUUCUCUUUUAAAAAUUUGCACUCUGACGACUCCCCAGAACAUAUAAUCCAACUAAAAAUCGACGAAUCAAGAGAAAUAUUAUACACAUUAUCCUCAAAAUCUUUCAUAAGGGCCUAUAAACUAAUCUCCUCUCAAUCAAAAUCACAAUUGAAAAUCACCUCACUAACCAACCCUUAUAUCCUAAACCCUCUGCAAAUCUUAUCUGACCUAAGAACAACUGAUUGUAAAGAUUCAAAUCUUUUAUCAAACAAAAACUUGUUCCAUUUUGUAAAUAUCGACGUCGUAUCAAAAUUCGAAAAUGAAAACCUUUUCCUAGUUGGUAUAACAAAGUCUGGCUGCAGAAUCUACUUGAAUGGUGCUAUUUAUUCCGGCUCCAUAACUGCCCUAAGACUACAAAAUAUCAAAUUUCCCCCCAUCAAUAAAUCAAUCGACCAAAUUCAAAAUGAAUUGAACGAAAAAAACCUCUCCAAUAAAUUAUCAACUUCAAUAUCCUCGAUCAUCUUAAAUUAUCAAAAAAAUAGCGAUAUCUUAUCAAACACAACCAUAAACUCAAAAAUUAUCUCCCCUGGAAUAUUUGUUGCUGCCGUUGAAAAUAAUUCUCUCAAUAAAAAUAACUCAUAUAAUAAUAAUAAUAAUAAUAAUAAUAAUAAUAAUAAUAAUAAUAAUAAUAAUAAUAACAACAACAACAACAACAACAAUACCUCUUCUCCAAAAAAUUCUCCAAAAAACAAGUUUAAAAAUCAUCAAUUAUUUGUUUCUGUCCCCGAUUAUGGUGUUUUAAAUUACUACCACGAAUAUGUUGAAAAUGCAACUUUUUUAAAAAAUUAUGGCGAAAUUUUUGAUAUCCAAAUUUUAAAUAAAACCUUUUCUGCUACAAAUACCCCAAUAGGUUUUUCCAAUUUAUUUGCUAUCCAAUACACCUCAGAACCCUUACAUUUCGCUGUCUUGACUAAUUCGGCUCUUCUGAUUUUCAAAUAUAGAAUGCCUGAUACUGUCUUUGAAGGUCUUGGUCCCGAUUUAUUGCCCUUUAUUGAAAGAUAUGGCCUUCAAGAAGCCUGCUCAACUGCUUUAAGAAUCAUUUGUAAACACAACCUCUCCGAUUCUGCUAAAUUAAAUUAUUUCACCUUCUUUGUUGGUAACCAAUUUCUGAAUUUAUCAAAUCUGUUGAUUAAUAAACCCAUAUAUGAAAAAACAAUAUCAAUUAACAACAGCUCUUUAACAUUCCCUUCAACUAUUGCUCUUUCAUCAUCCACAGGAAUAUCACUUAAAAACUCAAAUGAUUUCAAUUACAGCUUUGAAAAUGUCAAAUUAUCUGCUAGACUUUACGGUAUUGCACUACUAAUUACAAGAAUUUUUAGAAGUAUCUGGAAAAAAAAAAUAUUCACCAUUAACAAAGAUUCGGUUUUGAAGAAUGGUCAGUUAAAUCAAGUCUUUUUAAAAGAAAAUAACCAACAUUUAAGUUUAAUAAAUAUCGACAAAAAACAAAUAUUAUUUUUCAUCAACACAAUCGUUGUAUUAUUAAAUUUCUUUCAGGAAUAUGGUGCCAGAAUUCCUUAUUUUGAAAAUCCUUUAGCUUUAGUUAAUGGAAAUAUAUCUCGUGAAGAAGAAGUUGCUGCCCAGGCAGAAUAUACUGCACUCAACUCUUUCCAUGAUUUACUAAAAAUAAUGAAAGAAGCUUUGUUUUUUCUCUUAAUAUUAUUCGAUGAAAGUAUUAUCAUUGAUACUGCUAGAAAAGUGAAUAAUUUUACAGAUAAAAAACAAAGCAUCUUCAAGGACACCAUCAAGUUCAUUUCAUUGAAUACACAAGUUGAAUUGGCUAAAUUGAAUUUCUAUGACUUGUUCACCGCAGAUUCUAAAACUAAAGAAAUUAUCAAAGAUGUUUUCACAUCAAUAAUUAAUAAAAAUAUUAACAAGGGGAUUUCUGUUGAUUAUUUAGCCGAAAGCUUACAAAAACAUUGCUCAUCAUUUUGUUCAGCUAGUGAUGUUAUUAUAUUUAGAGCAUUUGAGCAUUUAAGGAAAGCAAAUUCAAUAGGUUUAAAAGAUCAAGAAAAGACCUCAUAUGAAUUAAACUCUGCAGUAAAGUUAUUUGAAAAAGUUAGUGUAGAAUUAUCCCUCGAGGAUCUCAAAGAAGCUGUCAAUACAAUGAUUAACUUAAACUACUAUCAUCAAACCAUUGACUUCAUUCUUAACACAGCAAAUAACUUGGAUAAAAAUAAAUUGGCAAUUAAAUACAUCAAAAAUGGAAAACUUAAAAAUGAUAUUGAAGGUGCUAAAGUUUAUACUGAAAGAAUUGAACGAUACAAAUUAAUUUUUGGAAUACUUAUUAAAGUAGAAGUUAAAUCAAUUGAAAAUUAUGAACUAAUUCGAAAAAAUUAUUCAAAUAUCACCUCGGAUUCUUUUGAUAAAGAUCCUCUUAUUAGUGAAGUAACAAAAUUACGAGAUGAAAGUUAUCAAAUCUGUUUCAAUUACCCCGAUAUUUUAUUUCAUUACGAAUUAUAUAACUGGAUUAUUGUUCAAGGUGUCAAAGAAAGAUUAUUGGAAAUUGAUACUCCAUUUAUAUUGCAAUUUUUAAAAGAAAAAUCCGUCAACUCCAAAGAUUUAGCAUAUCUUUUAUCAAGAUACUACUCAAAAAGAUCAAAAUAUUUCGAGUCUGCUGAAACAUUGUAUAAGCUUGCGUUAUCAGACUUUGACUUGUCUUUAGAGAAAAGAAUCGAGUAUUUAGCAAAAGCUAUAGGGUUUUGUAAUUGCAUUGAACAAAUUAACUUGAAACAAAAAUCUGUCUCAUUAUUGAAUAACAUUCAAAAUAAUUUAGAUGUUUCUGGUAUUCAAUUAGAAUUGAUUGAAAAAAUUAAGAAUGAUAUAAAUUUAAAUCAUGAAACUAAAGUUGAAAAUAUUGAGUUACUAAACAAAAAAAUCUUGAAUAUUAGUAUGUUGUACAAUGAGUUCUGUGAUCCAUUAGGCUAUGAAAGUUUAUGUUUGUUGAUAUUCAAAGAAUCUAACUUUAGAGACAUUGAAGCUAUUUCAGCAAAGUGGGAUUCAUUGUUUUCUAAAGUGAAAAAUAAUUAUAAUGAAACUCAAAGCGCUGGUAGUAGUGAUCCAUUGUAUAUUGACCUAUCAAAUUCCAUAAUUCAAAUCGGCAAAAGCGUUAGCAAGUCUGAAUAUGUUUUCCCCAUUAACAUUUUGUUUAAUAAGAUUAUUAGGUUUUUCAAUGAAACUACUGGGUUUUCAAAUGUUCCUUUAGGAACAAUUGCUAAUAUUUUCACACAGUCCGGGGUUUCACCAGAAAAGUUGUAUUUUGUUCUUAAAGAAAUGCUUGAGUUUAGUGGGGAAAGAACAGGUAGCUUUAAGGAAAUAGUUUCUAAGGAGUUGAAUUAUUUGGUU